UCAUGAUGCCCAGAAAAAGGUACCCAGACAUCCGUAACUCUUUGUCUUUUGUCUCAUAUUGUCUUAAUUCAAUUUGUUCAAAUUGUUAUUGCUCUAAUUGUGUUACUAUUUUUUAACUAUUUAAUUACUGUUAAACUUUAAAAACUUUGAAAAACAAGUGAUUGGCGUUUUUCACAGUCUGUAAGAUGAAAGUAGUUGGAGAGUACUGCAGGGAUUUGGAGAAAAUUGAAGAAUUUUCUUAUGGUUAGAGGCUGCUCUGGGGCUGUAGAUUCUGUCACUGACCAUGCUGCAGAGCUUCUUUGUGGUGAAGGAAACUCACUUUAGGUCAUUGAAACAAUUACAAGAACAGUCUCUGCACAUGCCUGUUUUAUCCAUAGGAUUCUUACAUGAUGGCAUAUUAUAUAAACUAAUUUUCAGAUGAAUUUAAUUUGUAUUUGAGUGGAAAUCCUGCUGUUCAAGACUGGUGUGAACCACUGUGUCUUUCAAGUUGGCCCCUGUAAAAGCAUGAGUUUUGUUCACUGCACUGCUGAGCUUUGACCUGCAGGAGAAAACUGGUUCUGCCACUUUACUGACAGAAAGUAAAAACUUUGCAGUUAUGAGUUUGGGCACUUACACAACCCUUAGGGUUCAUGCUGAGCUUCUUUUCAGUUAGUUUUCUUUCUGCCCAUUUUUCUCUGCAUCUUUAAAAAAAAAUACAUUUUGGUACAAAAGUAAUUUGUUUAUGGCAUCUUCAUAUCUGAUUGAAGAGAAGCUCCUAACACAAAAUAUGCAACAGAUAAGUAUGUAGAAAAAUCAGCAGCCACACCUUAAAAGACACAUGCCACACCAGUGGGAACUUCCAACCUUCUUCCUUCUGUUCCACAGCUCCCAUGCAGAAAUGAAAAUUAUGAUACAGCUUCUUUCCUUCCCUCACAGCAGUGUCUGAAGAUUAAUGCCAUCUUAGGACAUGUUUGAGUACUAGUCUAUCAGUGUGUGCUCAGAAAAAAACUGGGAAUAAAACUGGUAAUUUUCUUUCUAGGGCAAUGUUUAAUGAGUGAAGCAUAAACAAGCUCCAAUAUACCCAGUGACUGAUGAGAUUUUGGCAAAGCAUACUGGUGAUUAUUGGUUAUCACUGUCCUUUUUCUGAGUAGAUGGUGGAAAAAUAGUGGCAGGCUGUUCAUCUAACAUCCAUGUCACUGUCAAUAAUAUGUGGAAGGUUGAUUUCUUUCCUCAUGUUGCCAUAUCCUUCCUCUUUCCCUAAGGUUGAUGUAGAAGUCACUUUUACUCACCUCUGUGGUUGUCUCUGAAGAUGUACAUUAAACAAAAUGAAAUCUGUUGAUGAAAAUCAUCUGAGAAAUGAGCAUUUGCCAUGCAUUAAUUUUAAUGUUGUUUUCUUUAAAAAUACCUGCAGGCCUUAUAAUUUCUGAAGUACAUAUUAAACCAACAUGUACAUGAUUUGCCAGUGUUUCUUGAAGUAUUUGGUUAAUUAUCUUCACACAGGAGACAUCAAACCCAAAGUAUGCUUUCUUUUCUGAAUGAUUAAGCCAAGCUUCCCAUAACAUUUCACUAGCAAGCAGGGCUAUGACAGACUGCUAACAACAAAGUGAAAUCUGCUGUGAAAAAAACCCACAAAAAAAUGGGAAAAGAAGAAAACAAUGACCCCAAAGAUGUGCAAAGAAAAGGAAAAGCCAAGAUGCAACUCAAAAGAAAUAUAGGUUAUUUUGAUGGGGUAAGUUUUAUUAUAGGAUCAAUUGUUGGAGCUGGGAUCUUCGUGUCUCCCACAGGGGUGUUAAAACAUUCCUUACUCAAUGUUGGCGUUGCAUUAACGAUCUGGACUGCGUCUGGGCUGGUUUCUCUGAUGGGUGCCCUCUGCUAUGCGGAGCUGGGAACUGCUCUGCCCUUCUCCGGAGGAGAGUACAGCCACAUUAAAAGAGGCCUUGGAUCCCUACCCGCCUUCGUGUUUAUCUGGACAGCAACAUUCACCAAGCCAGCAUCAAAUGCUGCUCGAGCCUUGCUCUUUGCUGAAUAUGCCACACAGCCAUUCUAUGGCAUUUGUCCUGCACCAGACGUGCUGAAGAAGUGCUUGGCCUUGGCCGUUCUCUGGUCCCUGGGGAUUUUAAAUGGCCUCAGCGUCAAAAUGUCUGCGUGGGUGCAGACAGUUUUCACUCUGCUGAAGAUGAUGGCCUUGUCUGUGAUUGCUGUUGGUGGCAUAGUUCUCCUCGUUACCAGGCAAAAGGAGAGUCUGGCCAGGUUUGAGGACAUGUUCAGCUCAGAGAUCCCCAACGCCUCACAGAUUGCCGAAGCCUUCUUCCAGGGGCUGUACGCGUACGGCGGCUGGUGGUCCCUCAACUACAUGGCAGAGGAGAUGAAACGCCCCAGCAGAAAUAUCCCCUUAACUGUGAUGACUGCUGUUCCUGCAGUAAUUGUUUUUUAUUUACUAGUGAACAUCUCAUAUCUGACUGUCCUCACACCCAAGGAAAUUGUCUCCUCAGUUGCUGUGGCAGUCACCUGGGCUGAUCGAGUGAUCCCCUCCGUUGCCUGGAUCAUUCCUCUCUCUGUUGCUGUCUCAAUAUUUGGUGCCCUCAACUGCAGCAUGUUCACACUCGGUCGAUUAAGCUAUGCUGGAAGUCAGUCAGGACAUUUACCUCUUUUAAUAUCCAUGCUUAAUGUCCACUCCUGUACGCCAGCACCAGCCAUGAUUUUUUCAACCACCAUUGCAUCCAUUUUUAUCAUCCCCUCUGACCUUAUUAUGCUAACAAAUUACUUUGGAUUUUCUGCCUGGCUUAUGACUGGAUUGACUUGUGCAAGCCUGAUUGUACUUCGAUACCGGGAACCUCAUCUACACCGACCAUACAAAGUGUUUUUACCAGUUCCAUUUAUGAUGGUGGCAAUGUCUUUCUUCCUAGUUCUAGCUCCCAUAGUCUGGUCUCCAAACAUGCAAUAUGUUUAUGCUUUCCUGUUUAUGCUUGGAAGUCUCAUUAUUUAUCUGCCUUUUAUACAUUUUAAAUUGCGUUUUCCAUUUCUUGAUAAAAUUACUUGCCACCUACAGCUCCUGUUAGAAGUCUGUCCUGCUGAUGGACCUGCUGAGGGCAAAUGUGAAUAAUGGCAGAUAUUUAAUCUCAGUACAACUAAGAGCCAACAGAGGAUUUUGUUUAACUGAGGCUAUAAACAGUACAAUUUAGAUGUUGGUGUGAUACAUAGGUGUGCAUGCAUGCAUAUACAUUUAUAGAUGUAUUCACAUAUAUUGCAAACAUGCACAUAUAUGUAUGUAUGGGCACAGAAUCACAGAAUGAACUAGGUUGGAAAAGACCUUUGACACCAUCAAGUCCAACCUAUGACCAAACACCUCCUCAUCAAAUAAAUCAUGGCAUUAGUAUAAGUUAAUAUGUAUAUGUUUGUUUGUAUAAAUACAUAAAUUUAUAUGUAUACUAUUUUAGUACAUGCAAAGGAUUUCUCUUAAACUUGCAAAAUCUGUAAAAUGCUCUCUGCUGCUCCUGAAAACACAGUUAAAAGUUGCUUAGAGUCUUGCAAAAAUGGAAAUAAGACUCAAUCACACAAACACAAAUAAUUGUCAGUAUUAUCAUACAAUAAGUGAAUAAAUACAUAGUAGCAUAAUUAUAAAAAUACACUCACACUUUGAACUAAAUUGUCUGGAUUAUUCUUAGUUUGCAGUAGCUCAUUGAUUAGAACUUUUGGUUUUAAAGACUAUAUUUUCUUCAUCUGCUACUUUUUUUGGCAUUAAUUUAUUUUUAAUAAAAGCCUUUGAAGACUAUCAUAAAGUUGACUGAUCAUUUUAAAUAGCAAGAAAAUUGGACAUGGUGCCUCUUAGCUAUUUUAGAACAACACAUAAAAAUUCAAAGUGAAAUCUUACAAUGCAUAAGGACAAUAAAAAUUAUUUAUCCUUUUUAUCACAGAAAUAAAAGCUAAAGAUAUGUAGAUUCCUUUACUAAAUAAUUUACAUCUUAGCAUCAAUAUUACUUUAUUCCUUGUUUUAGUUUUGGUGUUAUUGAGAAGUAAAAGCUUUUUUUAGCCCCCUUCCCUCCAUUUAAAUUUUGUUUAUGAAAACAAGAUAACUGAAUUCUUUUUUCUUCCCAUAAUUGGGCCAUAUAAAGUUCAUGGACUAUUUAAUCUUAAAAAUAAAUUAAAAGUACAUACAAACCAUCAUUUGGAGGUGAUUAUUAAUAUAUGCUGCUAUUUUUAUAAUUACAAUAGAAUUACAAAUAGAAAGUGAUUUUCCAAAUCUGGCAAUGAAAGAUCAGCAACACAACCAGCAGAUGGCCCCAGCUGAACAUGAUCUCUGGUCUGAUGGAUGUUGUAUUGGUGAAACUGUCUGAAAGGGCACUGUAUUAUAACACAGUGGAAUGAAAAAAUCUUGCUACGAUACUCGAUUCUCUAAUGUAUAACAAUUUUAGAAAUCACAAUGACAAAUAAAGAAUUCUUCAUAGCUACCCAAAGUCUAGGGUGGCCAUCAAUAAAACCAGGAAUCAACUGAGGGUUUAAGAGGAUUUGACUUUGCACUGGAAUGAGCCCCCAAAUUAAAACAAAUAUAUGUAGCAAGUGGCUUUUCUCAAGGUGAUAAUGGACACAGAAUGAAAAUUUGAAGAAAACAUUAUACCUUUUAACAAGCUCUAUGAAGAGA